GGGACCAAUGAUGUGGGGGUGUAUUCGUUGGUGACAGGGAGCAAUAACGCGUCGAUCGUAGACGUGGCGGGCUGUAUGGUAGAUUGGGUGCGGGUACUGUACGAGGACGGGGCGAGGAUUUUUUUGCUUCAAAAUAUGGUCCCGCUGAAUGAGACGAUCCUGUAUGCGCCAUACUCGUACCCAAACUUUUACUUCAAUGGGCCGCGGAACACGACAGAAUGGAGCGUGUUUAUCCGCGAGCCGGUGUUGAGUGGGAAUGCGUUGUCGCGCGCGAUUCUGCAGGCUUUGGUGCCAGAAGUUCCUGGUGCCCAUAUCGGGAUCUUCGACUCGCAUGGGCUGUUUCAGGAUAUACAUGAUAACCCGGCAAUGUAUUUGAAUGGAACGGCGCCGCUGAAUGUGAUGGGUGCAGUGGUGUCGUGCGUGUACCCAGAGGAAGGCGAGACUGGUAGUGUCCAGUGCACGACGGUGUUCGGGACGGAUCGGGAUAGUUAUCUCUGGUAUGACGAGCUGCAUCCGAGCGAGCAGGCGGACUGA